AUGGUGACGCCGCGGUUCAGAGGAGCGAGGCGAGUCGGCGGAGAGGACGCGAGUGGCGGGGGCGGCUCGACGAAGGGCAGCUUCGUGAUGCGCGACGGAGCAAACGGCUCGAAGCCCAUCUCAAACUGGGGCGGCAACAAUCCGGACCCCGAUUUUGUGGCGAGGCACAACCACCUGAUGGAGCGGCAGCACUUUGGCGGGGACUAUUGGCGCUCGCGUGGCGUAAACAGCGCUCCGCGGCCCUCCUUUUACAAGCGCUGA